AUGGGCGACACCUUCGACCGCGGCGUCAAGCUUUCCGACGGCCAGGACUACAACCACGCCACCGACGGCGAGUACAAGCGGUUGCGUGAUGAGGCCGACCGUUUAUACCAAAAGCGGGCCGAGCUCCUGAGACAGUCCCAGCAGGCGUUUAAACAGGGUGAUAAGCAGCGGGCGAAGCAGCUCAGCGACGAGCUGAAGCAGGUGUUGUCGCAGGCGGAAGACAAGAACUUUGAGGCCGCCAACUACGUGUUCCAGGCGAACAACGCCGACUCGGCUCCGGACGAAAUCGACUUGCACGGGUUGUACGUAAAGGAAGCCGAAGCCAUUUUGCAGCGGCGGAUCACUCAGGCGGUCAACCACGGCGAAAACCACUUGCGGGUGAUCGUCGGCAAGGGGUUGCACUCGAAAAACGGCAUCGCCAAGAUCAAGCCCGCGGUGGACCAGUUGUGCGAUGAGCUGGGGCUCAAGCACUACAUCGACCCCAAGAACCUGGGGGUGUUGGUGAUUGAACUCAACCCGAACCUGCACGUGUCCAAGCCUCCUCAACUGUACCAACCGGCACAACAGCCGCAAUACCAUCAACAAUCGCAACAACAAGGCCACUACCAACAACAGCCCCAGCACAACAACAACAACGACGACAUGGUGGCGAAGAUUGCUCGGGCGUUGUGCAAUGCUUUCUGUGGGUGGUUGAACCUGAAGUAA